CGCGGCGGGGCCCGGCUCGGCUCGGCUCGGCUCGGCUCGGUGCGGCCCGGCUCGGCUCGGCUCGGCCCGGCCUGGCUGCGCAGCGGGCGAGGAUGCGGGAGGGGCGGCCCGGGGCUCGCCGCUGCCCCCCCGCCCUGCCCGCCUAAGGGGCGACCGCGCCGCCGCCACCAUGAAGAAGCAAUUCAACCGCAUGCGCCAGCUCGCCAACCAGACCGUGGGCAGGGCUGAGAAGACAGAAGUUCUGAGUGAAGAUCUCCUGCAGGUGGAGAAGCGGCUGGAGCUGGUGAAGCAGGUGACGCACAGCACUCACAAGAAGCUGGCAGCAUGUCUGCAGGGCCAGCAGGGCCUGGACGCCGACAAGCGCUCGAAGAAGCUGCCGCUCACCACUCUGGCCCAGUGCCUGAUGGAGGGAUCGGCCGUGCUGGGAGAGGACUCGCUGCUGGGGAAGAUGCUGCGGCUGUGUGGGGAGGCAGAGGACAAACUGGCUCAGGAGCUCAUCCACUUCGAGCUGCAGGUGGAGAGGGAUGUGAUAGAGCCUCUCUUUGUGCUGGCUGAGGUGGAAAUCCCAAAUAUCCAGAAGCAGAGGAAGCACUUGGCGAAGCUGGUGCUGGACAUGGACUCCUCCAGGACACGGUGGCAGCAGUCUGCAAAGUCCUCGAGUCUGGCCAGCAACCUGCAGCCCUCGGGGGCCAAAGCUGAUGCGCUCAGGGAGGAGAUGGAGGAGGCAGCCAACAGAGUGGAGAUCUGCAGGGACCAGCUCUCUGCUGACAUGUACAAUUUUGUGGCCAAAGAAGUAGACUAUGCAAACUAUUUCCAAACUCUGAUCGAGGUGCAGGCAGAGUACCAUCGGAAGUCCUUAGCCCUUCUGCAGAACGUCCUGCCCCAGAUUAAAGCCCAGCAGGAGGCGUGGAUGGAGAAGCCCUCCUUUGGGAAGCCCUUGGAGGAGCACCUGGCUGUCAGCGGGCGGGAGAUCGCCUUCCCUGUGGAGGCCUGCGUGACCAUGCUGCUGGAGUGUGGCAUGCAGGAGGAGGGUCUGUUCCGUGUGGCUCCCUCGGCCUCCAAGCUGAAGAAGCUGAAGGCUGCCCUGGACUGCUGCGUGGUGGACGUGCAGGAGUACUCAGCUGACCCCCAUGCCAUCGCCGGUGCCCUCAAGUCCUACCUGCGAGAGCUGCCAGAACCACUCAUGACCUUCGAGCUGUACGAGGAGUGGAUCCAGGCCUCCAACAUCCCAGAGCAGGAGAAGCGGCUGCAGGCUCUGUGGAACGCCUGCGAGAAGCUGCCCAAAGCCAACUACAACAACAUCAGGUACCUGAUUAAAUUCCUGGCCAAGCUGACUGAGUACCAGGACAUGAAUAAAAUGACUCCAAGCAAUGUGGCUAUCGUGCUGGGACCCAACCUCCUCUGGCCACAGGCUGAUGGGAACAUGACGGAGCUGAUGACGACUGUGUCGCUGCAGAUUGUGGGCAUCAUCGAGCCGCUCAUCCAGCACGCAGACUGGUUCUUCCCUGGAGACAUCGAGUUCAACGUGACAGGCAACUAUGGCAGCCCUGUGCACAUCAACCACAAUGCCAACUACAGCUCCAUGCCCUCUCCAGACAUGGACCACGCGGAGCGGCGGCAGCACGACCAGGCGCGGAGGCCUCUCAGCGUGGCCACGGACAACAUGAUGCUGGAGUUCUACAAGAAGGAUGGCCUUAGGAAAAUCCAAAGCAUGGGCGUCAGGGUGAUGGACACCUCGUGGGUGGCUCGGCGUGGCACCUCGGCGGUGCGCAAGGCCUCCUCCACCCCCCCAGCCCUGCACCCCCCUAUGCCCCCUGCCGACCUCCCUGCAGCCCCCCACUCGCCCAUCCCCGAGCAGGCUCCAGACAUCUCGGCCACCCCUUCCCCACCACCCACCAGCUUCGGCUUCCCCCCAGCAGCCGAGCGGACAAGCACUUUACGGCCCAAGGACCCUUCCCCCGGUCCCCCCCCGCCGGCAGAGCAGAGCCCGCACGCCCCCCGCAAAGUGGCCAAGAAGCUGGCGCCCAUCGCGCCGGGGGCGACGCAGCCCUCCCCCGCCAGCCUGUCCCCGACCCCCCCUAGCACCCCGUCCCCGUACGGCCCCGCCGCAGCCUCCCCGGGACCCUGUCCGCCCCCUCCGCCCCCUCCCCCGCCCCCCCUCGCCGCUGCUCCCCCCCCCAAAUCCCGUCCCACGGCCAAGGCACGGCCCCGCCCGACGCUGCCCCCCCCUCCCCAGCCCCCCCCGGCCACCACCGCCACCUCCCCGGCCCCGGAGCUGCCCCGGGACGGAGCCUUGGCAGGGAAGUGGUGUCAUCCCUGGCAGGGUGGCCAUGUACUUACAAAGGUGGCAGUGCCCCCAGGAAAGUGGCAACGACUCUGGCAAAGUGGACCUGUCCCCAGGAAGGUGGUGAUGCCCUUAGGAGGGUGGCAGUGUUCCUCAGAAGGUGAAGGUGACAAUGUCUCCGGGAAGGUGACAACAGCUAUGAGGAGGUGGCAAUGCCCGCAGGAAGUUGGCAUUGCACCCAGGAAGGUGAUGAUGUCCCCCAGGAAGGUGGCAUAAGCCCUGAGAGGGCAGCAGUGCACUCAGGAGGGUGGCAGCGUUCCUCAGAAGAUGGCAGAGUCCCUGGAAAGCAGGACGGUCCCCAGGAAGGUGGCAAUGACUCUGGCAGAGCGGAACCGUCCCCAGGAAGGUGGUGAAGUACCCGGGAAGGUGGCAGUGUCCCCAGGAAGAUGGCAGUGGCCCUGGGAAGGUUAUGAUGUCCCCAGGAAGGCGACGAUGUCCCUGGCAAGACGAGAUUUUCCCCAGGAAGGUGGUGUUGUCCCCAGGAGGGUGACAGUGCCAGCCUCUGGCAGCCUCCUGCUGUUCUGAGCUCACUCUCCCUGCUGGGGCCGUGGCCCCUCCGCAGUGUCCAUGCAGCAGUGGGGGCUGUUGGAGUAGCACAGUCAGGGUGCUGCUCUGGAAGUGCCAGCUGACACUGGGGACACUUGGGGGGCACAGAGGGCAGGCGUGGUGGGGAGCUCUCAGGCUGUGGGAUCUGUGCCCCUCCUUUGUGCCUGUCCUGCCUGGGAAUUGGAGACAGUGCAGGGGAGCAGUGAGCACUGGGUACCCAGCAGAGCCAGGGCCUUGCUUUGGGGUGGCACAGGCAUCAGCAUGGCUCUGGCAUCACACCCUGGCACUGCACCUGCCACCAGUGUACCCCAGCACUGCAUCUUAGGACCAGCGCAGCCCCAGCAGUACUGCACUCUGACAUCAGUGAUGCCCCACUAUUGCACUGUGGCACUGCACCCUGGCAGCAGUGCAGCCUUGGCAUGGGUGCACCCCACCUGGCACCUGUGCAGCCCUGACAUCACACCUGGGCACUAUAUCCCAGUGUGGAUACAGGCCUGACACCGCACCUUGGCACCAGUGCACCCCCAGUAUUGCACCCCAGCAUUGCCAUGGCCCUGGCAGUGCGCCCUGGCAUCGGCACAGCCCUGAUAUAACACCCUGGCCCUGUACCCUGGCACCAGUACAGCCCUGACAUCGCACCCUGGCAUGGAUGCAGCCCUGACAUCACACCUCAGUGCUGUCCUGAUGUCAUACCCUGGCGUGGGUGCCACCCCCCCGCCAUGUCCCCAGAGUGCUUUUUGGGGGUGGCUCCCUCCACUCAGCAAGGGGCAGUGGUGGCACCAGUGGCAUCAGCUGCCUCAGGCUGUGGCCACCUCUGCUACUUCACCCACACUGCCUCGCCCUGUGGGUCCCUUGGGAAAGGGGGCAAUGGUGGCGCUUGCAGCGGGUGAGGGGACAGCGAGGGCAGCAGGGCUGUUGGCACAGUCUGGGAUGAGAAGGCACAGAGCAGGGGUCGGUGGUGGCACUGGCACGCUGCCAGCCCCGGUGCGGUGACAUCACCCGCCAGGGCGGCGUCCCCAUCGCUCUGCCGUCCCGCAGGUCUGCUCCGUUUCGAGGUCCCCUCCCUCCACGUCCCCCCAGAUGUCACCUUGUGCCGGGACCCUCCGGAAGCACCGCAGAGACUCUCGG